AUGUGGACCCUGGGCCGGCAUCGCCUCUGCCUGACGUUCCUGCUCCUGUGCGCCCUCGCGGGAUUCUGCUUCCUCCACACCUACCGCGGCCUCCUCGGCGGCGGCGGCGGCGGCCUGGGGCUGUCGUUCCCGUGUGCAGGCCGACCCCUGGCGGCCACCCCGGUGGCCGUCUUCUGCCCGGCAGGUGCUCGGGCGGCCCUCAACGCCUCCUCCUGCCCCGAGCCCCCCGCGCCCCCCUCGGGAGCCUGGACCAUCGUCCCGGACGGCCGGCUCGGCAACCAGAUGGGGCAGUACGCCACGCUGCUGGCCCUGGCCCAGCUCAAUGGCCGCCAGGCCUUCGUGCUGCCCGCCAUGCACGCCGCCCUGGCCCCGCUGUUCCGCGUCACGCUGCCCGUGCUGGCGCACGAGGUGGACGGCCGCACGGCCUGGCAGGGCCUGGAGCUGCACGACUGGAUGUCGGAGGAGUACACCCGCCUGCGGCAGCCGCUGCUCAAGCUGUCCGGCUUCCCCUGCUCCUGGACCUUCUACCACCACCUGCGGGAGCAGAUCCGCCGGGAGUUCACGCUGCACAGCCACCUCCGGGAAGGGGCCCAGCGGUUCCUGGCGGGGCUGCGCCUGCCGGGCACCGGGGCGCCCCCCAGCACCUUCGUGGGGGUCCACGUGCGCCGGGGGGACUACCUGGAGGUCAUGCCCCAGCGCUGGAAGGGCGUGGUGGCCGACCGCGCCUACCUGCAGGCGGCCAUGGACUGGUUCCGGGCCCGGCACCAGGCCCCGGUCUUCGUGGUGGUCAGCAACGGCAUGGCCUGGUGCCGGGAGAACGUGGACGCGUCCCGCGGGGACGUGGUGUUCGCGGGCGACGGCGUGGAGGCCUCGCCCGAGAGCGACUUCGCGCUGCUCACGCAGUGCAACCACACCGUCAUGACCAUCGGCACCUUCGGCUUCUGGGCGGCCUACCUGGCGGGCGGGGACACCGUCUACCUGGCCAACUACACGCUCCCGGACUCGCCCUUCCUCAAGGUCUUCCGGCCCGAGGCCGCCUUCCUGCCCGAGUGGGUGGGCAUCGCCGCCGACCUGUCCCCGCUGCAGCAGCGGCCGUGGGGCUUCGCCUGA